UCGGUACGGAUCAAGGGUAAAAUGGUAAAAAAACCAAUACCAUCGAAAAAAGGAUCGCCGGAGCUCUCUGGGUCUGGUUGACCGGCGGAAGAAUGGGUGGAGAGGUGGAUUUCGGGAGGGUGGAGGAGAAGCGAAUGAGUAGUCAGCCAUGUUAAAUGGCUUUGAUGGUGAGAUUUUAGUGAGAGAAAGAGAAAAAAAGUUAGGGGAGAGAGGAUUCUGAGUGGAAGUUGAAAUAGGAGCGUUCCUCUGUAUUUACAGAAUCUGAUUUUGAUUAGUUACGGAAAAAGAGGGAAUAGAUUCCUACAAAAGAGGGAGAGAUUAGAAGAAAGGAAGCGUAAAGGUAGGAAUGGUAGUUAGACUGUUGGAGAGUAACUCAGGGAAGAGGAAGGAAGGAUGUUCUUUUCUCUAGGGUUCUGAACUUCUGUGGUGCUUUAAUGGGAAUUUUCCUGUUUCUCAAGCUUCAUGCGCUCAGUGCAUCUGUGACUGUCCCUCGGAGCCCAUCUACUCCAUACAAACAGGACUUCUGAAUUACUCAUUUUCAGAUGAUUUUGCAGGUCAUCAACCUGAAGAGCACGGAAUUCCCGGAAGAGGAUUGGUGGGCCCCCGAAGAAUUAAAGCACGGCACGAAUUGUUCGUGCGCGGUUUAGUUUCAUUCUUUUUGUCAUCCCUAAUCUACCACAAAGCACAUUAUCUAGAGCUAAAAUUUUGUGGAUAGUGAUAGUUUCCUAUUUUCACACAUCAAAUUUCAGUAAAAACAAAGUUCGUCAAAUUUCAAUAAAAACAAAAUUUGUCAGUAAAAAUCGGAUAGUAAAAUAAAAUCAAUUUUAAAAAAAUGUACAACAUAUAUCAAUGCAUAUUCGGAAAUAUGAUUAGAUUUAAAUUUGUAAUUUGACAUGUGAUUAAUCUAAAUAAUUUUUUAGAUAACCACAUCAUUCAAUAUGGCAAAUACAUAGAAACCAAGGUUAUAGAUAUCGGUAUUUGGUAUCAUUGCCAGUAGUAGUCAUGGUCUAAUACGAUACGGAUCGGCUAGUAUCGAGUGCAAAUUCAAAAAUAAAACUUGUUAGCCAAUACUCCCGAUGUACAUAUAGGAUACGGCCGAUACGAUAUCAAAAUACAAUCGAAUCGGUGAAUCGGUUGAUUCAGAUCAGAAUUGGUCGUGAGUCGUGACUGAUCCUGUCGAUUCCGCAGAUUCUGAUAAGUUUCUGGCGAAUUUUGAUCGAUAUUGGCUGAUUCGGAUCAAAAUCGACACCGAUUCGAUUCCCGAUUCCGUGUUUUGGAGUCCUUGGGAAGAAAACCCUCUUUUCUUUUUAUCUUAAACCCUGCCUUCCUUCCUCCUCGGACUUCUUCCCCUCUCCCUCAGACAAACCCCGGACCGUCCGCCGCUGCAACUCAGCUGCAGAAACUUCGGUCAAAUUCAGGUAGCCCCCCUCCUACCCUCUCUCUCUCUCUCUCUCUCUCUCUCUCUCGUUUAAUCAUGAAAUCCGACGGAGUUGCAGGGCAACGGCAGACUUCCGUUGUUCUCCAAAUUCCGGAAUCAGUGCUUCUCUCUCUAUCUAUUUAUGUCUUCAAAUCCUAGUUCCAGAAAAAUGGCUCUUGGUUCCUGUCAUUUCUUCCCUAAUCCUAUUUCAGAACCAUAGAGCCAAUGCCUCAACAGAACAAGAAACCGAAGGGGUGAAAAUUUAUUGAAUCUGUCAAUUUUUCAUGCUCAAAUGAUGAAAAAUUCAGAAUAUUUUUAUCGAAACUGAUUUAGUUCUCUAGUCCUUUUCUCUUUUCCUCUGGUUAUCAAAAAUCAGGAGUCAAGAGACGAAGAUAAAUCACAUAUACAACGACGGACGACCAAAGAGGAAGGUAGCUCUUUUCAAGUCUUCUCUUAACUGGUGGAAAACCCAAAAAUACAGUAGGGUUUAUGUGUCUCUUAAUAACUAUUAUACGUAUCAGUUAAGUCUGUUAAACAUGGAAACCAUGAAAAUGUAGACUUUCUGAUUCAGUAGACAAUCUUUUUUGUUUAAAUUUAUCUCUUUUCUUUUGGGGUUUAGAGGUAGAUAUUGUUUGAAUUACAUUGCGAGCAAUGUAGUUACUGAGGUCGCAUCCCUGCUCCUGUUUGAUCUUAUUUUGCUAACAUUUAUGGGUUCGAUUUGGGAGUUCUUAAAGCAUGUCUUUUGGAUCUCAGUGGGUGCUCAUAUAUAAUUGUUUUAUGGGAUAACUUCUAAUGUGAGCUCAAGAUCAUUUUGUUUGUAUUCAAUGUAUGCAGAGUUUGCCGAUAUUUUCUCUUGGAAACAUGAAAAUUCUUCAAGAAUUAUUGACUCUGUACUUUCAAAUUCCCAAGUGGAAUCCUCGAGUCCCAAGUUUGAUUGAGAAAAAAUAUGGUUCAAUAGCCAGAUUGCAGUAUUCCAUUGCUUGUAAGACAUUUUCUUCUAGUUCAGUUGAGUCGUCUCCGAUGAAUCAAUCAACCACCCAUCUGGGUCGGCGACAAGGAGGCUCCUCCUCUUGGUACAGUAGGCCUAGUUUACUAGAAAUGAAGAAUGAGAGGAUAGCGAAUCGAGCCCGGGUUUAUGAAUUCUUGAGGGGACUUGGUAUUGUUCCAGAUGAGCUUGACGGGGUGGAGCUCCCUGGCAUGGUUGAGGUCAUGAGGGAGCGUGUUGACUUCCUUCACAACUUGGGGCUCACCAUCGAAGAUAUAAACAGUUACCCUCUUGUUCUUGGCUGCAGUGUUAAGAAGAACAUGAUUCCCGUGCUUGAUUAUCUUGGGAAGUUAGGAGUGCGAAAAUCCACCUUCACUGACUUCUUGCGGAGAUACCCUCAAGUCCUCCAUGCUAGUGUUGUAGUUGACGUUGCACCUGUUGUCAAAUAUCUUCAAGGGAUGGAUAUUAAACCAAAUGAUGUACCUCGUGUCCUUGAGAGGUAUCCAGAAGUAUUAGGGUUCAAGCUUGAUGGUACCAUGAGCACAUCUGUAGCAUAUUUGGUUGGAAUUGGGGUGGCAAGAAGAGAGAUUGGUGGGGUUUUAACCAGAUACCCAGAGAUAUUGGGAAUGAGAGUUGGCAGAGUGAUCAAGCCUUUUGUGGAGUACCUUGGAAGCCUUGGAAUUCCAAAGCUUGCUGUGGCAAGGUUGAUUGAGAAAAAGCCUCACAUUCUUGGAUUUGUGUUAGAAGAUCAAGUGAAGCCAAAUGUAGACACCCUUCUAGAAUUUGGUGUGAGAGGAGUGUUGCUUCCUUCCAUGAUUGCGCAAUAUCCUGAUCUUAUAGGAAUUGACCUGAAAACAAAGCUUUGCCCUCAACAGAGUUUUCUCAACUCUACUAUUGGCGUGGGUCCUGAGGAUUUCUGCAGAAUUAUCGAAAAGAUGCCUGAGGUUGUUAGCCUUAUUCAUUCUUCUAUCAUGAACCAUGUGGAUUUCCUAAAGGACUCUGGUUUCUCCUUGCUGCAAGUGCGGAACAUGGUGGUGAGGUGUCCCCAAUUGCUUGCCUUGAAUAUCGAUAUUAUGAAGCUUAACUUUGAUUACUUCCAGAAAGAGAUGUGUGGAGAUUUGGAUGAUAUAGUUAACUUCCCAGCCUUCUUUACUUGCAGUAUGGAGUCAACAAUACAGCCUAGACAUCAGAUGGUUGCCAAGAAAGGCUUGAAAUGUUCUCUUGGAUGGCUUCUUAACUGUUCUGAUGAGAAGUUUGAGGAACGGAUGGACUAUGACUCUUUUGAUACAGAGGAGAUGGAAAUGGAGACACAGUUUGAUAUGAAUACGCUUUUGGAGCCAAGAGAAGAGGAAUCAUCCUCUGAAUAUGAAGAGGACAGUGAUGAUGAGUAUGUAUAAACUGCUGUUCAUAUGAUGCUUGUGGAUGAUCUCAGCAUUUUCUAGGUUUGAACCUUAUUUAAGCAAAGAUGCUGAAGGAGUGGUAUUUUUGAGAUUCUCUCGUGAUUGCAAAAAAUGGGCUGAUAGGCAAGAUUCUGCGUUCAUGUGGUAACCUGCCAGGUUAUCUAUGAGAUUCCAUCAGCCAAAAUCUUUGAUCCUGUCAAAUUUAACAUAAUCAGCUGAAAUCGUCCGGAAUUCAUCAAAUUCUUCAUCAGAAACUCAUUGCACAAGUGCCUUUUUUCAAUGCGAGCUGUGGAGUACCAUCCAGGGAAUUAACAGGCAUAAAGAUUGCAAGUGGUUGUGAGAAAGAAGUGUCCUGCUGCGCCCACCCCAUCCCUUUUUUUCCCUGUAUUUUGGUGGACUUCAGGAUUUUGGUUUAGAAGUGUCUCCCCCCCCCCCCCCCAAAAAAAAAAAAAAACCCCCAAUGUAAUUUAGUUCUCAUCUGAGUGGUGCUGGAUUCUUCUUGUUGAGAGACCAGGUACUCACAUCAGUUUCAAAGAGUAAUAUAUAGAAUUCUUGAUAGCCUUGUUUAUAUUACAGGACCCUUGUUGGCUGCAAAUAGAGUUCAGUGGCCUAAUA